GGGGCCCAAGGUUGGCGGGGCCGACGCUCCGCAACCGGGCGGCCGCGUGGCAUGCUGGGAAUUGUAGUUCGGUGCUUGCUUAGGGUUUCGGGAUGAAGCGCCAAAAUCCAAGGUUUGACCUCAGCCUGCCCUUGCCAGUGCCUCGGCCACAGGUGAGCCGUUAUUGGCUACCGUUAAGGACCGUUACCAUUACCGGGCAGGUCCUUCUGGCAUUCCUGGGGCGGGCCAUCCCAACCAGCCACGCGUGCCCUACUCCAGUGAUUCCUCGGCUCCUGGUUCAGCAUUCUCACUGGCCUCCUCUUUCCUGGGAAGAUGUUCCUGGUGGGCCUCACAGGGGGCAUUGCCUCGGGCAAGAGCUCGGUGAUCCAGGUGUUCCAGCAGCUGGGCUGUGCGGUGAUUGAUGUUGACGUCAUCGCCCGCCACGUUGUCCAGCCUGGAUACCCUGCCCACCGGCGCAUCGUGGAGGCCUUUGGCACUGAGGUUUUGCUGGAGAAUGGUGACAUCAAUCGCAAGGUCCUGGGGGACCUGAUCUUUAACCAGCCUGACCGGCGGCAUCUGCUCAACACCAUCACCCACCCUGAGAUCCGCAAGGAAAUGAUGAAGGAGACCUUCAAGUAUUUCCUCCGAGGAUACCGCUAUGUGAUCCUGGACAUCCCCCUGCUGUUUGAGACCAAGAAGCUGCUCAAGUACAUGAAGCACACGGUGGUGGUGUACUGUGACCGAGACACACAGCUGGCACGGCUGAUGCAGCGGAACAGCCUGAACCGGGAGGACGCAGAGGCCCGGAUCGAGGCCCAGCUGCCCCUGAAGGACAAGGCCCGCAUGGCCCGCCAUGUCCUAGACAACUCAGGGGAGUGGAGCAGCACCAGACGCCAGGUCAUCCUCCUGCACGCCGAGCUGGAGCGCUCCCUGGAGUACCUGCCCCUGAGGCUCGGGGUCCUGACAGGUCUAGUGGGCCUUGCCAGCCUCCUCUACCUGCUCACCCACUACCUCCUGCCCUCCCCCUAGCCGGGCACUCCCGACGCGUGCAGCGCCAGGCCUUGGUCUCCUCAGAGGCUGAAGCAGGUAACAAAUGCUUCCUGUUUCCUCCCAAGCCCAUCAACACACACACACACACACACACACACACACACACACACACACUCUCUCUCUCUCUCUCUCUCUCUCUCUCUCUCUCUCUCUCUCUCUCUCUGACUCUGGGCUGAGCCCGGCACUGCCCCCCUGCUCCCCCAACCCUUUGGAGUGCAUCCUGUCUGAGGCAGGGAAACCGCCUGUCAGUAAAUACUCCUCCCCACCUUCCGAGGGCCCCUCCAUCUGGACCCACCCACAGAAUGGUGCCCGUGAUGCGGCAUGAAAGCCAUGGUGGGAAACUGUUGUAAACUUCUUGGGGGUGCAGGCCAGGGACACAGUCUCUGUGUCCAUCGACAGUGUUUAAAACUGGGAGUUUCCCUGGGCUUGAACCCUCUCCAGGCACAUGCCCCAUCAUGACCAAAACCUGCAUCCUGGACCAGGGAAAUGAUUGUGGACCAAGGGCUGCCACCUUCGGACAGGAUUCUCCCCUAGGUUGAAGCCCUUGGCCAGGAUGCAGUGAGGACUCCCUUGUUGGUAAUGCUGUGGCGGGGCCUCGUGUGGGAUGACCCACUGCCCCACCUUGGAGUCGGCAGACUGGGUGGUGUUUAGCUUACUGUGAUGCUUUUUUAGCUUACUGAAAUGCCACCUUGGCAUUUCUCCGGCAUUCCCCGUACCCACUCCCCACCUGCCACCAGGCCGCCUCCCACUCCGUGUCUUCCUUGCCCUGAACUCUUAGUAGGUCCACACGCAUGAGGCUCUUUCCUGCCUCUGUGCCUUCGCCAUGCUGUUCCCUCACCUAGAAUACCUUUUAUUUCUCUAUAGCUGGAUAACUACCGAGCACCAUCUGGAACCCCAGGCUGGGUCGGGUGCUCUGGGAUAGCCCCCUGCCCAUCCCACCCUACCAUGUUUUACUUUAAUCCACAGAAUUGUAAUCAGCCAAAAGCUGGCUGGUCUCUUCUACUAGACUGUAAGCCUUUCGAGGGCUGGGACUGCGUCUUGUUUAUCUCCAUGUUCCUGGUGCAGAGCCUGACUCGCCAUUGGUGCUUAAUAAAAUAAGGUGUGUUGAU